CUCGCACCCACCGCCUCGCGCCAUAUCGAUCUCGACGGAUCUUUCAUCGCGCGCCCGCGCAGAUUUCACCGCCGAACUUGCCUACAAUGGCCGACGAUCCCCGUGGCAUCGACCACACUGAUUCCAUCGACUCCAACGAUGGCCCGAAGCAGCCGGACAAGAAGAAGAGUCGUCGACCAGCGAACACCGCGUUCCGACAGCAGCGCUUGAAGGCCUGGCAGCCCAUCCUCACACCCAAGACCGUCCUGCCCCUGUUCUUCACCAUUGGAAUCAUAUUCGCUCCUAUCGGAGGAUUGCUUCUCUAUGCCAGCGCCCAGGUCCAAGAACUUCGACUCGACUACACCCACUGCACAGAAGAUGCUCCCAAACUCUCCAGGGAUGGCGGCGGCUAUGGUGCAAUGCCCGGCGACAAUGUCCAGACUGCCUUCAAGAGCUCUAAUAGAUCCGUGAAUGCAAUGUGGGCGCGCGAGACCAACAUCACCGUCACCCUCGACAACGGCGUCAGAGUCAACGAGACAAACCGGUGCCAUCUCAAGUUCACGCUGCCCGAGGAAAUGGGCCCUCCCGUUCUCUUCUACUACCACCUCACCAACUUUUACCAGAACCAUCGUCGCUACGUGCUCUCAUUUGACAGCGACCAGCUCAAGGGAAAAGCUCGCUCGUACAGCGACAUCAAGAACGGUGACUGCGGCCCCCUGUACGGAGACUCCAAGCUUUCGAAGCCCUACUACCCCUGCGGACUCAUCGCCAACUCCAUGUUCAACGAUACCUACUACAGCCCCGAGCUUGUGACUGUUCCGGCCUCGAGCAGGUCCAAGAAUGACACCUGGACCUACGACAUGAAGACGACAAACAUUGCCUGGGGAAGCGACAGGGACCUGUACGGCAACACCAGCUACAAGCCCGACGACGUGAUCCCCCCUCCCAACUGGCAGAAGCGCUACCCGGAUAACUAUACCACCAAGAACCCCCCGCCAAACCUGAAGGAGUGGGAGGCUUUCCACGUGUGGAUGCGAACCGCCGGCCUUCCCACCUUUAGCAAGCUGUACCAACGUAAUGACACCGUCGCCAUGUGGGCCGGUACUUAUGAGCUUCAGAUUGAUGAUCACUUCCCCGCCAACAAGUAUGAAGGUACCAAGUCCAUCAUCAUCACCACCAAGACCGUCAUGGGAGGCCGCAACCCCUUCCUUGGAAUCGCCUACGUGGUCGUCGGCGGUGUCUGCAUCUUGCUCGGUGCUGUCUUUACAGUGACCCAUCUGAUCCGCCCCAGGAAACUUGGUGACCACACCUAUCUCUCCUGGAACAAUGCCCCCGGCGCCAAGUCCGGUCCUAGCACAGCCGUCGCUUCCGGCCGUGAACUUCGUCCUGGCGAGGCUUAGGCGGCUCGCGAGGACUCCCGCACUCUCCUCCGAGCUCCCGCAAGCCCUUCCUUUGCGUCCAUCCGGUCUCCUCCCAACACCACGGACAGCAUUGUCCGCACUGCCAUGUCGCCUCUGAUUGGGAGACGUGAGCACUCGGGCUUUUGACCUGAAGACGCAAGAUUGGGUCGAGGGUUGUGGGAGGAAAAGUGCAAACUUGGUUCGGUGUGUUUUUCUCGUCGUUUCUCACAUGGUUACUUGUUUUCUGUACCAUCAUUCAUCGCAGCGCCCGACUGUGUGUGUCAGCUAUUUUCUGCGCUGCUGCUGCUCUCUUGCGUUUGAAGGAUGCAAUUCUGGGAAACCCAGGGGUUGUCUGCUCCCUGGGCCUAUUCUUGAUGGAUCAAAGAGACGGAUGAGACGGAAGAGCAAGGAUCUUGACCUUGGUAUCGUUAUUGGGUAAGGGAGUUGAGGCGCGAUGCAAUUUGGUUCAAGGAUAGAAUGAACUGGUUUAUAUC